GAGAGAGUGUGAGGGAGAGAGAGUGAGAGGGAGAGAGAGAAGAGAGAGAGAGAGAGAGAGAGAGAGAGAGAGAGAGAGAGAGAGAGAGAGAGAGAGAGAGUCCGUCCCAGAGAGAGGAAGAAGGGGGAACUCUGAGGAGCUGAAAGGGGCAGUACAAACUAACCGUGAGCCUCGCACACACAGACCCAGCGGAGUACAGGUGGUAGUGUCCCAGACCUGGACACUGAACGGGCUCGGACACAGAACCAGCGGAGAUCAGCCGCUCAUGACAACAACAGCUUUACUCUAACCUGAAUCCUACAGCACCAUGUUUUACCAUACACACCUUCAAUAGGGGCUGGAGAUACAGAUCACCCAGACUAAUAGUUGAAGUAUCACCCAGACUGGAUAAACAACCUAUUUCCCUUAACAUAGACAUUGUAAUCUCCCCCCCCGAAACAACCUAAAUAAACCAACUGAACUCUGCUGCCUGAGCCUCAGCUCUAAUUGUAAGGACUAAGAUGCGACUCCCUGCUUGACUCCUGAGUGGUUAAAAGUCCAACUCCUUGGAAGAUAUCGAUUCUUCUGUUUAUAGAAGGUUUUUUGGGCUUAGUGUAUAUACUUUAAUGUAUGUGACUCUCACAAAGGAAGCCAUCUGGAUGAGAUAUCAAUACAAAAUAUACAGUUGAAAUAUCGGCCAGCGGAGCUCGGUGAAUCCUGACUGCUCUUAGCAGUGACCUUUCUAGAAUGAAAUGCUGUUUCUCACUUUGUCCGAACCAAACAGCAGGAAGCUUUGAAACAUUUCCACCCCUGUCACUCCCUUCUCGGCGUUGUUGAGUAACGGUCUUCCAAGAUAAAGAGCUGCUCGCUUUCUCAACAAGAACAAUUAUCUGUCUAGUAGAGAUUGCAAUGCAGUCAACAGGCAUGUUUUGGUGGCUGGACUAAGAAAGAAAAACAAACGAAAGAUUGAAAGAAAAGGGGGAGGAAGAGACGACAAGCGUCUGGGUUUUGGAGAAAGAGAAAGAUUGAGAGGGAGGGAAGACAGACACAAACAGAAAUAGAAAAGUUUGAUGUUUUAUCAGCCUUUCUUCUUUAGCUGGAGAUUUGCAGUAGAGCACAUCGUUAUUGUGAAAGCGUCUUGGCUGUGGUCCCUGGGAACUGAUCCAGCGUGCUCUGUGUCUGUGGAACUCCCAGCCUGCUUUAGUCUCCCGGGAGGUCCCUGAUACUGUUUCUGGUAAGUCCUGAGUAAUACUGUGUAGUAACAGUGUGUCAGAACCAGAGGAACAGCACACUUCUGCCAUCCGUCAGCCUCCCUCCCUGCUAGCUACAAGACUAAAGGACUAAAAGAAACAUUAAGGAGGAUUACUGCAGAAAGAGAAAUGUUCAACAGUAGGAGAAGCAAUAUGGAUAGCUAAGAUUCUCCUUAUCCCCACUGGUGAUUCUAUUUUUUUCUCCACUCGCUCCCCAAACGGUGAUCCUCAAACUGACAUACAGAUCAAGCCAGGCAGGGCUGCAGACAGUCUGGGUAGAAGAAGAGACAGAAACUGUGGAGCAAACCAGAGGAGAACCAGAGGAGCUCCAGAACUCUCUAGCAGAGCAGCAAAGCUCCACCAGAUCGAGGCACCGUCCUGGGGGUAGAGAUGGAGACGGAGAGGGGUCAUAUGUCUGUGAGGAGGGGGGUAAGCUGGAGCCCAGGUGGGGGGAGGAAGCCCCUUCAGGGGGGGCAGAGCAAGGAUGUGGACACCGGCAACAGAGAGAGCGAUGCAUCUUGGGAGAGGCGGGACUACAGAGGGAUCAAAGGACAGGUGACAUCGACCUCCACCAAUCAGCUGGCUCGGAAAACCAACCUGACACGUAGUGCCAGCCUAUCAGAGAAGGAGUUGAAGGAGGCAAGGGUGAGGUCACAGAUCAUCGCUGCCCAGCUGACCGUCCCGUCUGGCUGCUCCAACUCCCGCGGAGUCCAGCUCUUCAACCGCCGCCAGCAGAGAGUCAACGCCUUCACGCUAGAGAGCUGCGGGGAAAGAACAAGGGAAGAGGAGCGAGAGGCGAGAGACGGAAAUACCAGGAACAACAACCUGACAUGGGAAGAAGAGAGAGGGGGACCUAGUGAGGGGACAGAGAAAGACGUACAACUGAACUGGAAGAACAGCGUUGGAACAAAACAACCACUUUGGUCGCCACCCUCUGGAAGUGAGGUCACCGGAAGUGACAUCAUGAAGGACCCAGGUGACGAGCACAUCUACGAGGAAGUGGAAACUGUGACACAGGAGAGACACUUCCAGCCGGUGAACGAGAGACAAGGGGAGGAGGAAGAGAGGAGUGGAGAGAGAGAAAGAGAGGAGAUAUACGAGGAUAUUGAAGGUGAAGUGAAGGAUGAGAUUAUACCAGUAAAUGACAACAACACUGGUUCAGUCAGAGAGGAAGUGGGGAUGAAUAGGGGAUCAUACACAUACUCCACAGCUCCCCCUGAGACCCGUAAUGGCUUCCACAGCACUCAGGGCUCUGCUGGAGAGAUCCAGAAUGGAGGCCGAAUUUCUAUGUCCCUGUCCAGACAGGCCCCCACCAUUGUCAACCGGACAGCCAGACCAUUCUUCUCCCCGCCCACCGUACAGCCCAAGUCCCCAGAGGCAAGGAGUCCCGUCAUGGAUAACAACAUACCUCCAGCCCCCUCCUAUCCUACCCCAACUCUUCCCCCAGCUUCCUCAGACUCCACUCGCCCUCUCCCUCCUUUCACUGCCACUCGCCCCGUAGCCUUCUCCCCUCCUCCCCCUCCUCCCUCAUACCCCAUGCCUCCUCUCCCAGCCUUCCCCAUCCAUCCUCCUCCUCCCUCUCAGUCUCUCUCCAGUCCUCCACCCAUGUCUACCGUCAUGUUCCCUAGGUCUACACCCGUCCCCCAGUACAACCCUCCUUCUACAGCUGCUUCAGUUCCCCAGUAUCUACCCCCCAACCCUCCUGUCACCCACAACAUCCCUCCUCCAGGUUCCCCUAGACCCAACACCUUUGUCCCCUUCACCCCUCAGCCUAUUGGUCAACAGAACCAGCAGCAGCUAAUCAAAACGGGCAUCCUGGAGGAAGGGGCGGCGGCCAUCAGACGAUCGUCGACGGCCAGGAAGUCCAUGUUCACCUUUAAGGAGAAGUCUGUCAUGGCACCCAACCCUGAACUCCUCUCUCUGGUCCAGGGGAACGAUGAUAGGAAGAAGCACGGCCUCCACUCCGUUCCCGACCCAGCCCCAGAGGAGGAGCUGCUGGCUCUGGGGGCCGAGGCCUCUAACUUCCUAGCCAGGGAGGAGGUGAAGGCGGAGGCUGCCAACGUGCCGGAGUGGUCCUCCUGUCUCAAGAGCUCCAGGACCAGGGAGCCCAGGGGGCAGCACCAGCCAGAGCAGACCCUGACCAACGCAUCAGGGAAGGGGGCCGAGCUUUUCGCUAAGCGCCAGUCCAGGAUGGAGAAGUACGUAGUGGAGAACCAGAAUGUCUCUGGUGGUGGAGGUGGUCAGAUGAGGUCUCCGUCUCCCACCGCGUCUCUGCCGCCAUCUUGGGUCUAUCCAUCUAAUAUGCCUGGCCGGGUCAAAGCUAUCGCUAACAACACUGACCUCAGCGCCAGGCUGACCCGGACCCUCCAGACCCCUCAGCCCGCGAACAGGAGGCCCAGCCAGCAGGCUUCAACCCCGGCCCCGGUCCUCGCAGAACCACCCCUGGAGAACGGCUGCACCAAGCUAGAGAUGGACCUCUCCAGGCACCAACCCUACCAGCUCAACUCCUCCCUGUUCAUCUUCAACCCAGUCCAGGACUCUACCAGCACCCUGCUGAGCGCUCUGCCCCGAGGGGCCCCUCAACCACCCAAACCCCUGGUCUCAUCUGAGGCCUACUCCAGGCAGGCCUCCCUGCCUUCCUCCAACCCUCCAUCACACAACUACAACAGCCUGCCCCGGUUCAGGCCUACCCUGUCCCCCUCACUUCAGCCCCCAUUAGGAGGAAUUGGAGGUGGGGAUUACUAUCCUUCACAACAAGAGGGGACUCCACAGCUGAGGGACACCAGGAUCACCUCUCCUGUCUCUGCCUUCUCUCCGGAGAGAGUGGCCUCUCCUCGGUCGAGCGUCCAGGCACCCAGACCCACCUUCUCUGCCAAGAGGGCAGGGAUCGAACCCCAGACGAGGAAGGAGUCGCCUCCAACUCCGACCCACACCACCCCCACUCCCACCAGGACACCCCAGUUCACCCGUCGGUUCAGCAGCCCAGAGGGACACCCCACUCCCAGUGGGGUCCGGCUCCCUACCCCCCAGACCACCAUCACCACCUCCUCCUCUUCCAGGCCCCCCCACCAGGGCACCUCCACACCCACCUCCCCUGUUUCCCCACCCUGGGAGACGAGGUGCCAGUCCCCCGCGGUGGUCAACCAGACCACCAAACCCUUCUCCACAGCCUCUUUAUCCAGGCCUAAACCAUCCACUACCACCUCACCUAUAUCGCCUGUAUCUCCCUGGGGGUCCCGCUGUCAAUCCCCUAACAUCAACCAGACAACCAAGCCUUUCUCCACCAUCAUCUCCAACUCUUCCUCUUCCAGACCCUCUCACCAAGGCACCAUUACCUCUCCUCUCUCCCCCUCACCCCUGUCCCCUCCCUGGGGUUCCAGAUGCCAGUCUCCCAUUGUCAGCCCUAGCCCCAACAACUCCAAGGCAAACCAUCGCCUGUUAGCCAAGAACAUCAUCAACGCGGCCAAACGUAAAAACAGCCCGUCCCCAGGUGCUCUGAGCGGCCACAAUCUCCCAAUCUCCCCACUAGGUGGCAUCACUACCCACCAGCACCACCAGGGCUAUGACCACAGUAGCAGCAGCUCCAAACCCCCAUUCAGCCCCUACCAGUCCAGGGCCAUGGGGUGCCAGUCCCCCCCCUUCGCCAGCCCACCUCCCACCCCUACAGGAGUGAUCCGGUCCCCAGUAAGGCUCUACAACACCAGGUCCCUCACUGACUCGGAUGCUUCGGUGGAGUCGGAGGACUCUGGGCUGAGGUCUCCAGGACUGCAGCGUACCCACAACACCAGUCCCCGGGGCUGGGGCGGCAGCCUGAGGGUGAAGAGGGGCAGUUUUGGCACCGACCUGUAGGGGGAGCCGGGGAGAGAAGGUCAGGAGAAAGGACCAUUGAGCUUGUGAAAUAGGAGAAAGAAGAAAAAAAACAGGACAUUGAUAAAGGGACUGGUGGGUUUUGGGCAAUUCUUAAUUUCAUUGGACCUAUAGGAGCAUCUAGAUGGAGGGCCAGCUCAGCGCUAGCCUAACAGGGGAAAUAUGGAAAUGACUUUGAAAGGAACUGACCUUGUGUGUUUGUUGCUUUGGAAUAAGGGACAAUAAUGUUGACCACACAGUAAAGAACCUGAUGCCCUUACAACGCAGCUGGGACAUAGAAGCAACCUGUCUGGUGAUUGUAAAGUCCACUAAAACCCACUGAUUUCUCUGGCUGGCUAUAGAUGAGUCCAGGACCAUCAAGCUCAGAGCUAGCUCAACAGCGGGAUUACCGAGAGGAGAUUGAAGAUGACAAUUCACUGUUGUCUCUUCCUCUCAUUCUUAAAUCUUAUAAAACCCGUUAUACAUUUAUUGCAAAAAAAAAAAAAAAAAGGAAAUUGAAGGGAUUCUUAAAUCCAAAGCGACUUGUUUUCAACUUUUGAUAUGGACCUUGUAAUUGAAAAACAAAAUGUGUUGUUGUAAUCAGGCAUUGCUGAAAUGUAAAACUAGCUUACUUGCAUUUGACUUUGACAAGAGUUCCUUGAAUAAUCAAAUUAUUACAGUAGCUUACUUAUGUUUACUCUAAAAAAAAAAGUUUUUUGUUUAUUCUAAUUUGUAACCAAAGAAAAAAGUAUACAGGCUAGAAGAAAAAUACCAAAGAGAAUAUCUGGAAUGAUGCAGUGUUUUCAAAACAGUGUUACACUUUUCCUCCCCCACGUAAGACAUUGAUAAUGUUGUGUCGUAGAUAUGCUUUUGCAGUUAUUUUGUAUUUUUAAUGUUGCUGGGUAUACAUUGGAGUAGAAAAAAAAAUGCAGUUAAACCAUAGGUUGACAUGAUGUUUGCAGGUCUGACACAGGUCAAACUGGGGAGAGAGAGAGAGAGAGAGACUGUAUUUUAAAUGGCACCCUAUUCUCUACAGUGCACUACUUUACACCCGAGCCUUAUGGGCCCUGGUCAAAAGUAGUGCACUAAAAAUAGGGAAUAGGGUGCCAUUUGGAAACAGAGCGCCAUUUAGGACGCAUCUGGAGUAUCGAUGUGUCAGUUUUAGUUCUGUAGUAGUAGUGUCUACAGGGAGGUAGGUAUAGGAGUUUUGUAAUAUAAUAAUAUAGCUUACCGGACUAUGCUUUCAUCAAACAAAUCCCUUUGAAAGUUGACGUGAUAGUUAUUAGAUUAGCUAAAACAGAAAAACGGACUAUUACUCUUCACUCUGAAUGAGUACGUAGAGAUACAAUGGGUACAGUCAGAGCCAUGUAUUUACAUUGACAUUUUAUAAAUACGGCUCUGGUUACAAUGUAGUUACCUAUCCAUAACCUUACUAUGCAAAGAAUCAAGGAACAUUGGCGUUAUUGUGGUGUUGAUAACAUCACAAAUGGUCCAAGAUUUACACUACAGUACAGUAUAUCCUUUUUUUUUAAUGAACAGGGGGCGGAAGAAAACAAAGCUUCUUUACCUAUCGCAGUGCAAUAAUGCAUCUAUCCCCUCUAUGUACUGUAUAUACAGUUACUGUAUGUUGUUUUAUGUACUGCUUUGUUUCAAAUGAAUGUAGAGAUUGGCAGGUAGAGAGGUAGAAGAGAGACAGAGACAGACAAAAGGCAGGGUUGACCUUUUUGGAGAAAGUUUAUGUAUGGUUUUAUAUGUUAACCAAUGGGACACAAUGUUACCGUUUCUAAUACUGAUAUGUCUACUGUCCGGGCACAAACAACAAACUAACAAUGGCUGGGGACAUCAAAUAGAGCAUGUAGAAAAUACUACAUUCUGAGAGAUAUAUAGGAAACGAAAGGGGGGUUGUUGUCACUAAUGUUGUAGAGACAAACAUCUGUGUGUACCACGACGAUGACGAUCAAGGUAGCCAAUAGGAAAGAGGAAUAAAUGAGUCAUUCCAUUGGUUGAGAGUAGGCUGCAGUCAGAGGUUAGGUUGGGGUCGAGGUCGAGGUUGGGAUCGAGGUUGGGGUCGAGGUUGGGAUCGAGGUUGGGGUCGAGGUUGGGGUCGAGGUUGGGGUCGAGGUUGGGAUCGAGGUUGGGAUCGAGGUUGGGGUCGAUGUCGAGGUCGGGAUUGAGGUCGGGGUCGAGAUCGGGGUCGAGCUCGGGGUCGAGGUCGGGAUCGAGAUCGGGAUCGAGGUCGGGGUCGAUGUUGGGAUCGAGGUCGAGGUCGGGGUCGAGUUCGGGGUCGAUGUUGGGGUCGAGGUUGGGGUCGAGGUUGGGAUCGAGGUUGGGGUCGAGGUUGGGGUCGAGGUUGGGGUCGAUGUCGGGAUCGAGGUUGGGGUCGAUGUUGGGAUCGAGGUCGGGGUCGAAGUUGGGGUCGAGGUUGGGGUCGGUGUUGGGGUCGAGGUUGGGGUCGAGGUUGGGGUCGAUGUUGGGGUCGAUGUUGGGGUCGAGGUUGGGGUCGAGAUUGGGGUCGGUGUUGGGGUCGAUGUUGGGGUCGAUGUUGGGGUCGAGGUUGGGGUCGAGGUUGGGGUCGAGGUCGGGGUCGGACGAUAGGAGUAGGUUUUUAUUAAAAUGACCAAACUCUUGCUGAAGCAAGGCCCUGUAUUGCGCAUACAAUACUCUAAAUGCACAGUUUGCUUUAGUUUUUUUGUAUUUGAUCAAGUUUCACUUGAUUUUGCACUUCCAUAUUCCUAUUGGCACACAGUAUUGCGGACUAACCUUGAUUGGCUGAAACAGGUGUCAUUCACACAGAAAACACACUCUUUCUCCAUAAUCUGCAUAGUAACAGUUAGAGACCGCCGCCACACACUGAACACACUAUAAUAGGCUUUUAUAUGUUAUACAGUAAAAAAACAAUGAUCAGUUAAUGUAACCGUUGCACUUCAACCCUCUGGAGGCAUUGUAUUUCCAGGCGGGGGGGGGGUCACCGAGGCCACCGACCUCAUCCCACAUCUCUCCCUCCGGCCCUGUAGCGGAUCACAAACAGAACAGGACCACAGGAAAUACAGGAAUGGUUCUAUCCUUCUCCCUUAAACACAUAGGAGUCUAUUGUGACCGCUGCAUCAGCAGAUUACUGACUAGUCACGUGUGGGCUGUAUUCAUUAGACACCAAAAACAGAAGAAAAAGGAUAGAAACAAGAAGGUACUACCUGAGCUUGUCCAAUAAGGAUUUGUUUUCCUUUUGCACAGCAUUUUGCUACAGUGUACCCUAAUGAAUACAACCCUGACAAAUCUCUUGACUGACCGGGGACAGCUGGUAUUAUGGUGACUUGGCACCUUGGGUAAGCAGGAAUAACCUCACUGUCAUGGCUGCGUCUUAAAUGGCAUCCUAUUCACUAUGUGUAAACACAUUUAGCUGGUUGUUUUUCUUCCCCCUUGUCUCACAGCGGAGUGUUGUUGUCAGAACAUUCACAACAAGAAAAAAGUGAAAUGCGAGAAAGAAAAAAAAAAACUUCCAAAUGCUACCGAAUGGUAGAAAUCAUCGGUAUAUCAACAACACACUAUAGUGAUAGGGUGGUAUUUCAGAUGUUACCACUGUAGGGAUCAGUCUCGAGUAACCCCCCCCCCCCCCCUUCCUCUGUGAGUCCAACCUGCCCAUCAACACAGGAUGGCUAAUGUCCCAGUCCCAAGUGUUGAUUGUAAUUAGUUCUUCAUGUAUUUUAACAAUACAUUGGGGGCGGCAGGUAGCCUAGUGGUUAGAGCGUUAGGUCAGUAACUGUAACAGGUUGCUAGAUCGAAUCCCUGAGCUGACAAGGUAAAAAUCUGUCGUUCUGCCCCUUGAACAAGGCAGUUAUAACCCACUGUUCCUAGGCCCGUCAUUGUAAAUAAGAAUUUGUUUUUACUGUCUUGCCUAAUUAAAUUAAAAAAACAAGAGGGGAAGAUUUAUUGAGGUUGAAAAAAAUGGACAAGUUUUAUUGAUAAUAUGACUAACAACAACAUGUGUGUAUCAACAAUAUGUCUCAUGUGCCCUUCCUUAAAUUCUGGGUUAUUUAAAUAGCUGAACACAAAACAAAAUAAAAGUGAUGACACUAAUUAUAUCAA